AUGGAUAAGAUCACUCGUGAAGGUUUCAUCGUCCUCAUUAUCCUGGGCUGCAUCGUCUCCGUCCUCAUCGGCUACUCCAUCCACUCCCUUGCCACCGGCAACUUCAAGAACGACCCGCAAGAGCGCGAAAUGUCCGACGAGCAGAGACUGUACAUGCGGCAACUGCGUCUACGAAGUUUAGCCUGGAUGGCUCGUGAAGCUCGGGUAAAAUAUGAUGAUCGAAGUGCCUCCGGAAUGGCCUAG